CAUUAUUAGACGAUAAGACGCAAGAUAAGACUCGUUUCUAAAAUUGCACGACCUACCUCAACAGUUUAAAAAUUUUACUGCAUACAAUUUAUCCUACUGACUGAAGACUCUGAAGUCUGAAGUACUAAUUUUGUGAUUUAUCACUGAACUAGAAUAUCCCUUCAAGACUUCAUGAUAUCGAGCAAAUGGGGCGUCCAAAAAUGAAUAAGCCUAUACCAACCAAGAAAGGCCAGAGAGGAAGGCCUCGAAAGAACAAUCCCAAACAUCCAUCAUGUGAGCUCGACAAUGAUGUUGGACAAGAAGUUGAAAAUAUCCCAGAAGAACAGGAUAGUAACAUAAGUGAAGAACAAGACGAGAAUGAAGGAGAGCAAGAUGAAUCAAAUACAACAAUUGGUUCCAACUCAAGUGGAAGUUCAAAACCACCACCUGGUAACCUAAUCUCAAACUUUACAAUCCAAAGCUGGCCCUCUUGGCGUAAGAAAUUUUUUACUAACUGGAGAGAAGACACCAAGAAGGUAUACGCCCAAUGCCUGUUUUGUCAAGAUAAACGUUUUUUCUCUGGAUCAAAACAAGCUUACACCAACUUUUCAACUCAUUGUUCAAGAGUUCACUGCGAAGAAUGGCAAAAGUUUACAGCACCAGGAACAGUUCGAAAUCAAGGUUCAAUUAAGCCUUUCACUGUUCAAACUACGAUGCAUAAUUCAAGAAAAAACCAGUUAGACGUAGGGCUCACUCGAGUUGUAAGCGAAGGGAAUCUUUCUCUUAACAUCUUAGCAAACAAAACUGUUCGUGAAUGGAUUGAGAUGGCAGUUCCUGGUUACCAUUUGCCCUCGGUUUAUGUAAUGAGAAACUCACUCAUACCACAAAGAUAUGAACAAAUUAAAGAAUACAUCAAGAAGAAACUGUCAUCCUGCACGGCUUUAUCUAUAAUACUAGAUAUUUGGUCAUGUAAGAGUAUGGUCGGUUACAUUGGCUUUACUUGUUCUGGAGUAUUGAAAACAUAUGAGCCGUUCAAGUGCUUCUUAUCAAUUAGACAAGUCAAAGGGAAACAUACUGGUGAAGCAAUUCUUAAUGAAUAUGAAGAUGUCAUACAGGAGUGGGAUAUUCCAAUUUCAAAGAUCGUUCGAGUCAUCACAGACGGAGGAAGUAACAUGAUACGCGCGUUUAAUAUAAAAUUCCCAACCAAUCAGUCUGAAACUCUCACUCAGUCAUCGGUUGAACAAGUCGAGCGCUCCGAGCCUGAUCCCAAUCCCUCAAUCAAUAUCGCAGAUAGCGAACGUUUGGUGGAAAUCGAAAUUGAGCUUGACGACGAUAGUUCUUUGUGGGGUAGAAUUGAUGAUAUUCAGUUAUCAUGUCAAGAAAUGGACGAGGUUUUCGAUCAGAUGAAUGAAGAGGAAGAAGUAGAAAUGACGGAGGUUGAAAAGUCGUUGCAAGAUAGUUUCUUUGACUUUGGAAGAAGCAACAAUGACUUUAUGCAUUCUCUUAUUCUCCUAUCAACACAUCUUCGCGCGCAUUGUAUUGCACAUUUAUUACAGCUUGUAAUCAAGGAUGGGCUCAAGGCAAUCAACAAAGCUGUAGUCGAUGCCAUGGAUAAAGCUUUUAGUAUCAUCAGUGCGGUGCGCAGGAGUGUGAAUGACACCGAAAUGGUUUAUAAUGCAACAAAAUUACAUCUUCCAGCCAAGAAUGUCACACGAUGGAAUUCACAAUUUUACUCAAUUAAGGGGGUGCUACGGAUGUUAGAAAUCGACCCCUUGAUUCAGACUAAGUUAAAUGCAACAAAAGACAAAUCGAAUCGUAUGACGAGCAGGAUGAUUGCUAUUCUGAAAGAGUUAGUCCUGAUUUUAGAGCCUUUUCAAGAGGCUACUGAUGAUCUACAGGCCGAUUACGAGACACUUGGAAACGUUAUCCCUGCUUAUUUGGACCUACUAAAUAAAGUUAGUUUGACACGGGAAGAAGACGACGGAACUCUUAUCAACAAUCCAAAAAGCCCUUUGGCCGGAAAAAUUAAUCACUGUGCAGAUCUGGCUGAGGCUCUCAAAAAAUCGCUUGAAUCUAGAAUGUCAUUUGUCUUACAAGACACUUUUUAUGUGCUAGGUGCCAUUCUAGAUCCCCGGUUCAAGAAAUGCUGGAUCUCUACAACUUCAAUGUCAGAGUACGCUCUCCUAGAUAGCGUCAGAUUUGAACUGACGUCAAGAUAUUCAAACCUGAAGGACGGUGAAAAUGCAUCUCGCACUCUCAAUCAAGGAAAUGAGGACGAAAGAGCGACUAAUAAAGAAAGUGGUCCAACACCCAGCAAGAAAAAACGGAAUUUGUACAGCAGUAACAGCACUAUCAAUGCUACAGAACGUCCCCCUUCAGCUGGCAGUUCUCAAAUUCUCGAAGAAUUCGAAGUCUAUCUGAACGAGAAAACCCUCCCUAUGGAACAGGAGGAUAAUUCUGGUGUCGUAACACCAACAAGAUCACUUAAAUUUUGGAGUCAAAAUGCUCAUCGUUUUCCUUACUUGUCAUGUGUUGCUAGAGAUAUCUAUGGUUGUCCGGCGUCAUCCGCCAGCAUUGAAAGAGUUUUCAGUACUGCCAGUGAUAUUUUAACGGCAAAGCGAAUGCGAACUAAAGCUGGUUUGUUUGAAAAGUUACUUUUUCUCAAACAUAAUUCAAAGUUGAUCAAUAACCCUGUGGCCUGUUGA